GCUUUGCCCGGUGCAUCUGCGAGGAGCUGCUCACUUUUCCCCCUCGCGAGUCUUUGUUCCAAGCCAGACAUUGCUCCGAUUCUCUAAUUAACUCUCUCCGCUCCAAAAGGGUCCGGAGGCUGGGAUGCUCUGCCAGCAUAGAGGAUGUUGACUCUCGAGUGGGAGUCGGAAGGACUGCAAACAGUGGGUAUUGUUGUGAUUAUAUGUGCAUCUCUGAAGCUGCUUCAUUUGCUGGGACUGAUUGAUUUUUCGGAAGACAGCGUGGAAGAUGAGCUGGAGAUGGCCACCGUCAGGCAUCGGCCUGAGGCCCUGGAGCUUCUGGAAGCCCAGAGCAAAUUUACCAAGAAAGAGCUUCAGAUUCUUUACAGAGGAUUUAAGAAUGAAUGCCCCAGUGGUGUUGUUAAUGAAGAAACCUUCAAAGAGAUUUACUCGCAGUUCUUUCCACAGGGAGACUCUACAACAUAUGCACACUUCCUGUUCAAUGCAUUUGAUACUGACCACAACGGAGCUGUGAGUUUCGAGGAUUUUAUCAAUGGUCUUUCCAUUUUGCUCCGAGGGACAGUUCAAGAAAAACUCAACUGGGCAUUUAAUUUGUAUGAUAUAAAUAAAGAUGGCUACAUCACUAAAGAAGAAAUGCUUGAUAUAAUGAAAGCAAUAUACGAUAUGAUGGGUAAAUGCACAUAUCCUGUCCUCAAAGAAGAUGCUCCCAGACAACACGUCGAAACAUUUUUCCAGAAAAUGGACAAAAAUAAAGAUGGAGUUGUUACCAUAGAUGAGUUCAUUGAAAGUUGCCAAAAAGAUGAAAACAUAAUGCGCUCGAUGCAGCUCUUUGAAAAUGUGAUUUAACUUGUCAAAUAGAUUCUCAGUCGAACAGACAAAUGUGAACUAUUCUACCACACUUAAAGUUGGAGCUACCACUUUUAGCAUAGAUUGCUCAGCUUUACACUGAGGCAUAUUAUGCAAACAAGCUUUGUUUUAAUAUAAAGCAAUCCCCAAAAGAUCUGAGUUUUCCAAUUACAAAUUUGCAUCUUUUUCAUAAUGCCACUGAGUUCAUGAGAUGUUUUAACUCAUUUCAUACUCUGUGAAUAUCAAAAGUAAUAGAAUCUGACAUAUAGUUUUAUUGAUUCCUUAGCCAUGGGAUUACUGAGGCUUUCACAUAUCAGUGAUUUUAAAAUAUCAGUGUUUUUUGCUACUCAUUUCUGUGUAUUCAGUCCUAGAAUUUUAAAUGGUUUUCUAAAAUAUUGACAUCUGCAUUUAAUUUCCAGAAAUUGAAUUAAUUUUCAUGUUUGUAUGAUGUAAUUCCAUUUAUAUACUUUAAGUAAACAAGAUUACUACAAUCCAAAAAACAAACACAUUAUCCCAGUUUCCAUGGAUUUGCCACCUUCUGUUAAAGACAUUAAUUUAUCUGGCAUUUUAAGGAAACAUUUCACAAAUUAGUAUAUUACCAGAUGUCAGUAUAUGCCUAAUAAAACUUAUUUUAAUAAGCAUUUAAUUUUCCAUAAUACCUAUUACAGCCAAGGCCUACAUAAUAUAUAUAAUUUUGGAUUUGUUCAGUCUUACAAGCUGUUUCCUUGUGUCGUUAAGGGAGGUGAAGGAGGCAUGAAAUAUCCUUUGGCAAGGAUGUUUACGGACAUAUGCAAAGGGUCAGGACAUCCAUCCUGUAGUACAUAGUAAUGUUUAAUAACAAGUAAUCCCUCACAGCAUUAAAGGCCAAUUCCAUCUCCUUUACCCUGACUUCCUCACAGCAUGUUUAUAUUACAAGCCAUUCAGGGACAAAGAAACCUUACUACCCCAACGCCUACUAGGAACAGAACAGCAAGCAGAAUUCACUUUGAAAGCAGCAGUGAUUCCAUUAUAUCGAGAACUACUACUAAGGUUUAGUGGAAAAUGAACGUAAGUGCUGAAUAACUCAUCUGAAUUGCAUUAUGAUUUAGCUCAUCACAAAACUCCAAUAAUCCAGAUUCUUAAUGAACUUACGCCAAAACUGUAAAGUUGCCACAUUACUAAAGAUACACACACCUUCCUUGUUUUGUAGAAAUAUUACAAAGAUCAGGAGGCUAUCGUAGGAGGAAAUUUGCAACUGUCUUUGCAACAAUAAAUCAGGUAUCUAUUCUGGUGUAGAGAUAGGAUGUUGAAAGCUGCCCUGCUAUCACCAGUGUAGAAAUUAAGAGUAGUACAAUACAUGUACACUGAAAUUUGCCAUCGCGUGUUUGUGUAAACUCAAUGUGCACAUUUUGUAUUUCAAAAAAGGAAAAAAUAAAAGCGAAAUAAAAUGUUUAUUACUCUAC